AUGGCAGGAAGCUGCUACUCUCCGGUCCUUGAGACCAGUCGCAUCUUUUCGGAGCUGUGCGAACAAUCAGAGCGUUUCGACCUGCCACCUGAGGUCCUGGCAAACAAGGACCGUGUCUCCUUCUCGACCAGCCACAAUGAAAUCUACUUCCCCAUUCCAUUUAAAGAGACUGAGACGCUCGCGGCCUUGAAAGGUAUUGAGGGCUCUGUAGCUGCUGCCAUCGCGGAUCUGCGAUUUGGUGCUGGUGAGCAACCUCGCGGGGUUCAAGUCAAUCUCGAAAGUGCUACUGCGUUCGGAUGUCAAGCGUACAUGGCAAAGGUGGACGGCUUGUCAAAGCUCGACCCUAAUGUGAAAUCAAAGUUGAAGAACACGGAUUUGUUGGCUGCUCAAUCUAAUGGCUACCGACGUAUGUCCGCCAAUCUUUACAAGACCAAGAAUCCAGAUGAAUAUUUCCACAUUCAUGGAUCAUUGGAGGCUACUACGACAUUGAACAUGAUUGGACUGGAAGGCCAACGACCAGAUCUGACUGAUUAUGAGGAAAUUAUCAAGGUUAUUGAGGCCAAGGUCCAGCGCUAUACAGCCACGGAACUUGAAGAGAUGAAUAAGGAGAGACGUCAGGCCGGUGUGACUGCUUACAAGCACGAGGAUUUCAUUAAGACACCACAUGGAAAACUCAAUGUUCAAGAGCCCGCAUGGAAAGUUAGCAAAUUGCCCGGUGAUCUUCCUCCAACUCCAUUCCCCGCCAGAAAGAACGGCAGCAACAGAAUCCUCGAGGGUGUCAAGGUACUGGAAAUGUGCCGUAUCAUCGCGGGCCCCACUGUCACCCGUAUUCUGGCAGAGUAUGGCGCCGAUGUUCUAAAGAUCACCAGCCCAAGCCUUUCCGAUGUUCCAUUCUUCCAAGUCGAUGGUAACAUGGGCAAGCUUGCAGCAGACCUCGAUCUGAAGAGUGAAGCUGGAAGGAAGGAGUUUGAGAAGCUUCUAGAUGACGUCGAUGUUAUCGUAGAUGGCUACCGUCCCGGAGCGCUGGACAAACUCGGCUACGGCGCCGCGGCUAUGGCCGAGUUGGCCAAGAAGCGCGGCAAGGGUAUUGUCUACGUGAAUGAGAACUGUUUCGGAUACGAAGGCGAGUGGGCUGGUCGCGCUGGAUGGCAGCAAAUUGCCGACUGCGUCACCGGAAUUGCCUGGGCCCAGGGUAAGUUCAUGGGCCUCUCCACGCCUGUUGUGCCCCCGUUCCCCAUCUCCGACUAUGGCACUGGCUGUAUGGGUGCCAUCGCCGCACUGAGCGGUCUCUACCACCGCGCAAAGACCGGUGGUUCUUACCACGGCAAGGCCUCCUUGAUGCACUAUGAUCUCCUUCUCUUUGCCAUGGGCCAAUACCCGGCCGAGGUACAGGAAGAGCUGCGCAAGGUGCAGCCACCUGAGUUCUUCAAGUUGCGCCACUGCGACAGCGUGGACCGCAUCUCUUCCACUGUCCUGAAGGGCAUGCAGGAGCGAUUCCCGCACUUAUACUUACCCGCCGGUCCGGAAUCCGAAGGCCGCAAGCCUUUGACUGAACUGUGGUCGUCGCGUGCCUAUGGUGCGGACAUUGAGGUUGUCAAGCCAGUCGCCAUUGUUGAGGGAGUGAAUAAUCAGUUCGUGCGAUCCAGUCGUCCGAAUGGAUUCGAUCAACCUAAGUGGGAAGACUUCAAUGUGGAGGAGACAGAUGUGAAGAAAUGUUAG